AAUGCCCCCCCUUCGCCAUCCCGCUGCCACCUGCCGAAAGUUUUAAACAAAUUAAUGCUCACACCAAUGCACCACCAUUAUUAUCUCAGGCUAAACGAUCAAAAAAGCGACAUGCAAAUUUAACACUGGACAAAAUGAUGGAAAAGUUUUUGCAACAAAGUAUGGAUACUGAAGAGAAGUUUUAUAAGUAUGAAGAACAGCGACUUAAAAUUGAAGACAAACGACGUGAAGCAGAGCAUGCCAGGGAGCUCCAGAUGUUGCAGAUGUUGGGACAGAUGUUAGCAGGAAUCUCUUCCACAGUAUCACAAAGGUCCCAGUUUGUACCAAGUAAUCCUUCACAAAGAUCAAAUCACCGAUCCUAUGGAGAAAAUUUUAACUAUAAUUCUAUGACAGCAACAUUAUCCCCACCCAUAGUUAUAGAGAGAUCUUUUUCCGUUCACAAAACACAUUCCAUAAAGGAAAUGGAAAAUAUAUUUCAAUUGGUGCGAAAUGUUAUUCCACCUUUAACUGCCAAAAAACAUAAAGGCCAAGAUGGACGAAUAGGAAUUGUUGGAGGAUGUCAAGAGUAUACAGGAGCACCAUAUUUUGCUGCAAUUUCUGCUCUCAAAGUGGGGGCAGACCUAUCACAUGUAUUUUGUACCAAAGAUGCAGCAACUGUAAUAAAAUCUUACAGUCCAGAGCUUAUAGUUCAUCCAGUUCUUGAUAGCCCUGAUGCUGUGCGUGAGGUAGAAAGCUGGUUACCACGACUUCACUCAGUUGUCAUUGGACCAGGACUGGGAAGAGAUGAUAUACUACUUGAACAUGCCAAGGGCAUUAUAGAAAAAUCCAAGGUCAAAGGAAUUCCUAUUGUGAUUGACGCUGAUGGUUUAUGGCUCAUUGCCCAACAGCCGUCUCUUAUUCAGGGUUAUCCUCGAGCUAUUCUUACUCCAAAUGCUAUGGAAUUUAGCAGACUCUAUGAAGCUAUGCUUAGAGACCCUGUAGAUAACAGUGAUUAUCAUGGAUGUCUGUUAAGACUCAGCCAAGCCUUGGGGAAUUUGACAAUUGUUCAGAAAGGCGAACGAGAUCUCAUUUCAGAUGGAGAAAAAGUGCUUGUAUGUAGCCAUGAAGGAAGCAGCAGGAGGUGUGGGGGACAAGGAGACAUCCUCUCUGGGUCCCUUGGAGUCCUAGCCCACUGGGCCUUUCUUGCGGGACCAGAAAAAACAAAUGGUCAAAAUCCCUUUCUAGUGGCUGCAUUUGGAGCAUGUUCACUUACAAGGCAGUGCAACAACCAAGCCUUUCAGAAAUUUGGACGGUCUAUGACAGCCUCUGACAUGGUUUUAGAAAUUGGAACAGCCUUUAAUAAACUUUUUGAAACCUAAGACCAAAGCAGCAGAAGAGGAAAAAGAAGAACAAGUCUGGCAGCCACAAAAAUUGCAGUAGGAUAUCCUUGUACAAUGCAUCCCUUUUCAAGUGCUGUUAGCAGUAAUGGUAUACUAGGUAGUUUUUAUUUUUUAAAAUAAAAAGUGUAGGUAUUUUUAACGGGUUUGGAUUUUUUUUUCUUUUCCUUAUUUUGGGCUGAAUAAGCUGUAGUUGCAGAUGUUAUAAUAAAAUAAAACUGAAAGUAUUUCCUCUGUUCUAUCUUACAGGUUGGUUUUUGAGCAAUAAUUACCAGUAGCAAAAAAAGACUCAAUUGAUAGGCAACAUAAAGAUAAACCAACUGUGGAUUCAUAAGCCCCAUGCUUAUUUUCUAGUAAGUACUUAAAGGUCUGUGGAG